GAAGAAAGAUUAUGGCAAAACAGUCGACAGUAUCCGUGCCUGUAGGAAUAGUAAAGAAAUUAAAGGACAAACCAGGAGGAAUUAACCCGAUCGUAGAUGAAUUGAGGCAAAAACACCUUAUACAAGCCAAUUAUGACGGCAAUUGUUUAGAAUUGCAAGGUCCUUAUGACGAAAUACUUGAUAUUGCAAAUGAAUUUCUACAUUUUAAAGUUGAUAUGGCUUCUGCACAGAUGAAGACAUUGGGAGGCGAAGGAACAGUGGCUUGGACAUACAGAGGAAAUCAAGUAGAACACAUUAGACAUUUACUUGAUGCAGAAUGGAAGGACCUUUUAAAGGUAAAAUCCGUGAAAGAAGCACAGCCGAACGCGGACUCCUUAGUAGUUACAUGCAGUUAUUCGGAUUAUGCAACGGUGAAUGGUAUGCUCAAGGACCUCAAUACGAAAAUUAAGAAAUGCAAGGAAAGAACAGUAAAGGUGGAUCCCAAAGAUAAGCAAAGUGCAAAACUUUUCGCCCAAAAGGAGAAAGUUCAAAACAAGUUCUACAGUUGUUUUAACGAGGACAAGAAAGAUAAAAAUAAGGGAGAAAUUCGUUUUUACGGAAGAUCGGAAAAGGAUUGCAAAGAGGGACUUUCACAAUGGGAAACAAGUAUACAGGGAAAUAAAAAGCAUCCUAGUAACGCCACUGAUGAAGAAGUCAUAGGAAUCAGUAAAACGCCAAGGAAACAUACUCCCGAGGUCCAACCUUCAAACGAUACUCCAAUAACAAUGGAUUCAAUCCGGGUUGAGACAAAACCUGGACAGGAGAAAAAUGCAUCAACCAAAAAUAUGUCAAAAAGUAUGGACGAAGUUCCGGACGUAAAACCCUCUGUCAGUGGUUCAUUCAGUUCGUCAAAGUCUCAGAAAAACGAAACAUCAAUGACCAAAACAUACAAGUCCACAACAUAUUCAAAACAAUCGGAUGUGCCUUGUACUGCUAGUGCCUCCGGAGGAAAAGGGGGUGAUAUUCAGGCUCGUGUUACUGUUACUGAGGUUAAGAAAACACCUGGAAUAAUGACAGGAUCAGGCGAAGCGACAAAAUAUACUUUUCAAAUCGAAGAUAUCCAGUUUUUCGUGUUCAAAGAAUCUAUAACAGAAAUUAAAGGAAUGGAUGCCAUCACUAAUGCAGCUAAUGAGAGGCUUAUGCACGGAGGUGGUGUGGCAUAUUACAUAUCGAAAGCUGCAGGAAAAAAGAUGGAUCAGGACUGCAAUAACUUUAUAGCAAAGUAUGGUCCUUUACAAGUUACACAUAAUUUUGUCUCCGUUCCUGGCGAUAUGAAGUGUAAAGGUAUAAUUCAUGCAGUAGGUCCAACAUGGUAUGAUUACAAAGACAAGAGAGAAGAAUGCGCCAAAGAUUUGUACGAGACAAUAAAGAAUAUCCUCAUCACAGCAGCUAGCAAGAAAUGGCAAAAGGUGGCACUUUCUGCAAUAAGUUCAGGGCUUUUUGGUGUACCGAAGAAACUAUGUGCGGAAAUGUACAUGAAGGCGUUUGUAGAUUUCGCAACUGCAACUGGUGGAACUGUAAAGGAAGUGUAUUUCAUUGAUGUUAGCCGUGAAAUCCUAGAUCUUGUCAUCGAUGCGCACAAAAUAUGGCUGGAAGAUGGAAAUAAACUGGAUUUUAAGAACGCUAUAGAAUACACAUCAGUCGUGUCGAAAAAUCAAACAAGAAAAGGAGCGGGGACAGAGAAACAAGAAAGUUUAAUCCAGUUCCUUGGGACUGAUACAACUUCAUACAGGGAAACAAGACACAAGUAUCGUGUAUGUAAGAGAUUGGAUGUCUUUGUGUACCAAGGAUCACUGACACGACUAGAAGUUGUUGAUGCUAUCGCUUUAGCUAUCUCACCAGAUUCUAGUAAACAUAUGGGUGUUCUUGAAUGUUCCGUGCGUAAUCUUGCAGGAUAUAAUUAUGCCACUGAAGUUGAUAGAUACAGAAAUGGGAAGAAUGGAACAGUUUUUGUAAGCAGCGUGACUGGAAAGUUGAGAUGCAACAACAUUGUUCAUAUUAUAACAACUCCAGUGAAGCGUUUGGACAAGGCCUCGCUGUCGUUUAUUUGUGACGUUUAUGGGCUUGCACUUACAAACAAUUACAAAAGUAAAAUUCGUUAUCUUGGUAUGCCGCUAUUUGGGACUGGUGGAGCAUAUAAUAUAGCUGAUAUCCAAACACUGUGCUACAGUGUUAUCCAAAUGCUUGUAAGUGUUUGCAGUAAUAGCAGUAAACCACUGCAAAUCAAAGAACUUCACCUUGUGAAUUUAGACCCAGAUAUUAAUUCACGUCUUCAAGUAGAAUUUACAAGAUUGAGCAGAGGAACGAAUGAGGUCGAAAAGAGUAAGAAUUAUACAAGAACAACCCAACAUACAAGCAGCAGUUCAAAACCAUACGAUGAAGAUCAUUCUUGGAUACGACAUACGCCACUUGAAACAAGUCAUUCUACAAAAACUGAAUCUGCGGCUGAUGGAAAUGGCAAUUCCAAAGAAACUCACGGAAAAUCCUUCACGAGAAAAAGUGCUCCAAACGACGCGAAAUGUGUUUAUUGUGAUAAAAAAGCAAGUAUAAUGAUUAUGGAAUGUAGUCAUAUGUUUUGCACAACUUGUGAAGUUGUCAUGAAAAAUAGCAACAUUUGUUUGAAAUGCUCUACUGAAUCUAAAGAAAAUACAGUGAACUCCAAUAAAGCAGAUGAUACUUGCCCGAUAUGUUUCGAUUCUCUGAAGAAAUCAGAAGAGUUGCCAUGCAGUCAUAAGCUUUGCAAAUCAUGCUAUCAAAAGGUAAAAAGUCAUAAACCACAAUGUCCAGUAUGUCAACAUAUAUUUGGAGACGUAACAGGAAACCAGCCGGAUGGAGAUAUGUUUUAUCGCCACGUUACAUGGAAAAGUCUUCCGGGCUAUGAGGGAUGCGGGACUUUUGAAAUAUGUUAUAUGAUACCGUCAGGAAAGCAAAAGGAGUGUCAUCCGCAUCCAGGUAAACCCUACAAAGGUAUAGAAAGGUGGGCUUAUCUACCUGACACCAAGGAAGGCAGUCAGAUCCUCUAUUUGUUGAAAAGGGCUUUUGACAGAAAGCUUGUGUUUACUAUUGGAGAGUCAAGGACCACAGGGAAAGAAGAUGUUGUGACUUGGAAUGACAUUCACCAUAAAACUAAGCCGACAGGAGGGCCUGAAAAGUUUGGGUAUCCUGAUCAAACGUAUCUUGCUAGAGUCAGAGAAGAACUUGCAGCUAAAGGUGUAACGGAAUAAACAGCAGCAAGCAUUAGACAAGAUUUUAAAGCAUUGAAAUAAUUUCUUGUUAGUCAGAAUAGCAAGGCUGUCUAUAAAUAUGAUUUCUGUUGUUGUAUUUUUUUGUCAUCUUACACAAAAAUCCUUGAUUUCACUUAUUUACGAAGAAAUAUUUAACUACAUGUAUUCUAAUAAAGUCUGUUAACCAUGUUUACCAUCUAACAUAUUUGUAAUGUCUCUUGUAUAUCAUUUUUAUCAUUUUUAGUAUUUUGUGUCAGAAUUAUCGGGGUUUUUUAAACUUUACUUGAUCAUGAACUUUGGACCGAUUGGUUGAUUUUUGUAUAUUUUGAUUUUAAUUUUACUCGUUGUUUAAGUUUUUAAGUGUGUACGUCUGUCUAUUUUAGUCUGUAUUUGGACUAAACUAUUCUGGGACGGUCCUCUACCAAAGUUGUUCAAACGGUUGAGCUCCCUCAUGUUUGUUCAAAUAGUUCCGCUUGCUCUCUUUUAGGGAAAACUGGGGCUAAAAAUGGAAAACUUUUAAACGGCUAUUUCUCAUAAACUAUUUGGUGGAUCUUCACCAGACUUGGCCUGUUGUAUCCUUGUAUAGACUUCUCUCAAUUGUUUUAGGAAAUGCUAGAAUUUAUAGAAGAAACAACUUUAAACAUCUUCAUGUAAUGAACCAACUAAUAGAACUCCAUCGAACUUGGGCUCUAGCGUCUUUGUGUAGAAUUCUCUCAACCGGUAUGUUCAAAUGGUCUGGACUGGCCUCUUAAAAGAGCCAUACGAGGUAAAAAUAGAUGAUGCCUCUCGUUUAUCACUUUAUUCAUUUACUUUUUGUUGUUUUUAAUAGUUCUGUCUGGCCCCUUGUAUUAUGAGCAAACUGUUUGGUCGAAUGUCGUCUCUUUCUUACCAAGGUCAUAUAUUUCAUAUCUAAGGAUUAAUGUUGUUUUUAUUUCAUACUGUGACAUACAAGCUAAACAAAUCUUCUAAUGCAACAUUUAGCUUUUUACCAAUUUCGUUUUAUCACUUAAUAAACAUUUAGAAAUAUCUAUUCGAAAUAAACUGUCAAAACCACAAGAAAUCAGAUAAUGCGAUCAUAUCAUUUUAUUUAUUUCAAUGUAACUCGUUCUCCUAUUGUGCUUUUUGAGUUUUCUAAAUCAUUUGUUUAAAAUGAAAGU